CCCGAUUUGAAGGUCAGAAAGAGGCUGACCCGUACGAUUAGAAACCCCAACACGGACUGCCUCUCUCAGAAAGUUGCACAAGAAAGCGGUUGAGUGAGAUGGCGUUUCUGGAAGAUACUGAUGAACGCUCCGUAGUUUUGUCGGAUGGAGAAGGAUAUCUGCCUACGGAACUGCCUUCGAGCACUGAUGGUCAUGUCUCAUUAGGGACGUCCCAAACGCACCCACCCGAAGCAACUUCUUUUCCUCUCAACUCAUCUGUUAGCGAUGAUUCACUCGAGGAAAGAAUCAUCCAGGGCCUUUGUAAGACCGACGAUGACAAAGACUUUCUGCCAGCCGACAUUAUCGACGUCUUGACAUCUAGAAGAAUUGUCGAGGAAGAGCUCGAGGCGCACGUGACAAGUGAUCAACUGUCAUCUCUUGUAGCCUAUGUCACAAACCCAUAUCAACCUGCUAGGCGGCUGUUUCUUACUCUGGUUGUCUGCGAUGAUCUGAAGCGACUCCAAGAUCUAGCCGAUGCUCCUCAAAAGUUUCAUGACGACGACCUACCCGUCAAAGUUGUGAAAAGCCCUGAGACGAAUGGGUACUCAAUGGAAAGCAUCGAAGGCGGCAAAAGGUGGCCUCUAUUCGCGAGUCGCCGGAAGCUCACUCUCGACAGUUUCUUUCACAGUCAAUGGCAAUUCCUUGCGCCUGUCUUCACUGCCAAUUCCUUUCGUCAUAAGCUUCACCCUAGCUGCCCUCUUCCUUUUACCGUGAAGAUCAACCACCAAAAAGCGGGUUUUUUCAGCUCCGUGUUUGAAGUGGUGAUCCAUGAUGCACAUCAGAAGGUACUGCCUAUGGCUACGGGGAAGAAGAUUCGUGUCGCCUCAAAGGAGAUGAGAAUCGGGAUGGACUCAUACUAUGAGAAAGAGGCGGAUAUUUUGGAAACCAUACGCAAUGUUGAAAACCUGCAUCUCAUUAAACCUUUAGCGGCAUAUCGAAGAGGUGACCUUAGGGGCUUCCUUUUCCCUUGGGGGGAGGGUGGCAACCUGAAAGAAUUCUGGGGCUCCCAAGAAAAAUUGCGACCUGUGCCUGUCAGAGACCCUCAUCUUGUUCUUUGGGUUCUACGGCAACUACAAGGGAUCUGCGGAUCCAUCAGUGCCUUGCACGAAAGGAACUGCCGACACGGAGAUCUGAAGCCCGAAAAUAUUCUUCAUUUCCUCGAGACCGGCAGCAAUGGUGUUCUCAGAGUUGCCGACGUAGGGCUCGCUAGGUUCCAUCUCGAGGCUACCAGAGAUCGAAACCAGCCGACGAAUACCAUGACUGGCACUGUUCGCUAUGAGCCUCCGGAAUUCGGGCUUACUGAGCAGAUCUCCCGACUCUACGAUGUGUGGUCACUGGGUUGCGUCUUUCUCGAGUUUCUCAUCUGGGUGCUUUAUGGCAACAGCAAACUGAGAGACUUCAACAGGGCCAGCAUCGAAGAGAAAUUCUGGAGCAAGGAUGAUGAAGGCUACCAUCAGCAUCGCGAGGUCAAGCGUUGGAUAUCUCGCAUGUCGAAGGACCUCCGGCGAAACGACCCUACUUCCAGCACUGCGCUGAAAGACGUACUGGAGCUAAUCGACUUGAACAUGCUAGUACCUGAAGUCGAAGGCCGAACAAACUCUCUCAAACUGUACGAAAGACUGAGAAGUAUCUUUGAACAAGCUCAAGCACAGGAAAACUAUCUACUGGAUUCUACUCUAUGGAAUCGCAUCAGCACUAGCGCAGUCCCCGCUGAACACAGGCGCUCUAAGCUGGAAGUUCCUGGCCAACGACCUCUCCCAGUUCGCGCACCAACAAGUCAAAACCUACAACCUGCGCUUCUCGGGCGCGCACCGGACGUGCCUAUACCAGACACUCCUAUGAUUGUUGAACCCCAUGCUGAACCAAGCGAGGUCAACAUGCAAAUUCCGAUCCCGAAUGCUCAAGAACAGCUUGACAACUUCCGAGAUGUGUGGGAGUUGCAGAGUGAUAGCCAUUUUGCUAGUGAAUUCUAUCGCAAAUCUGCAUCGCCCCUACCGACCCCACAAGGUUCCAUACUCUGCAGUAAUUGCAAGGGGUAUGAUAUCUGGACGCCGAUGUUUCUUAUUUGUGAACGAGUUGUAGAUCUCAAAUCCAGAUCUCAGACUUGCGAGCUAUGCGCACUCUUAGUGCAGAGUGCUGGACUUCUUGGCAUGGAAGAUGGCCAUGAAUUGAAGUGUCGAAGAGAAGGCUCAUCUUUGAAGAUUGAUCCCGAUGGUCCCACCAUUUUGAGUCUUUAUGUAAACCCAGCGACCGACGGCUCUACACCCCCGCAUGCACAGAUAGGCUUUCCUACCCUACCGGAAACAGGCUCUCCUGAGCAAUUUGUUCUGCUGAAUGAGUGGCUACGCGUGUGUGACGAACAACACAGUCAUGGCGUCGAUGAUCGUACCGAGUUACCUACUCGCGUCCUUGAUGUUGGAAUAGACCCGAAUUCUACUAUUCGUCUCUGCGACGGAAAAUCUCUUCCACUCGAACGAUACACUGCUCUGAGCCACUGUUGGGGAGUGAAUUCUCAAGCCCAAGUCCGUACCCUGAAGGAGAAUAUCAAUGUCUUUCGCAAGCAGAUUGACUUCGGCAUUCUCCCAAAGAGUUUCCAAGAUGCGGUUAAGAUUACGAGAGCGUUGGGACUACGCUACCUAUGGAUUGAUUCACUCUGCAUUAUCCAGAAUGAUAAGCAGGACUGGGCUUUCGAGGCCACACGCAUGGAGCAUGUCUUCAGCUCUGCUUACUGCACCAUCGCAGCCACAGCAGCGUCUUCUUCGGCUGAAGGCUUCUUGCGACAGAAAGCAAACCAUCCAUUCGCAACAUUGGAGGGACCCGGCGGUGGCUUUACCUUCGUGCGCAAGUCUAUCGACGACUUCCACCAAGAUGUCGAACAAGCUGUUCUCAACCAGCGUGGAUGGGUGUUACAAGAGAGGGCGUUAUCGCGCCGAACACUUCACUUCACAGCAUCUCAGGUGUAUUGGGAAUGCGGCAAGGGCGUUCAUUGCGAGAGUUUGAUGAAGCUGUCUAACCGACAAGCUGCCCUUCUCGGGGACUCCGAUUUCCCCAAAUCAGCCUUAGAGUACUUUAAGGGAGGCCGAAUUGUGACAUUCCAAACCCUCUAUCAGAUAUAUUCCCGGCUCGCAUUCACAGUACCGAGCGAUCGGUCCAUUGGAAUCAAGGGCCUGGAAGAGAGGCUGGUCAAGGACUUUGUUACCAAAGGCGGAUUUGGCAUUUUCGACGAAUAUCUUCAACGAAGUCUUCUUUGGCAGAAAGCUCCUGAUGCGUCACUCGAUAGAAUCUCAUACCCUCCAGAUAGGCGAGUCCCCUCCUGGUCCUGGAUGGCAUAUCAAGGCCCAAUAGCCUAUCUUGAGGCUCCCUUCGAACAUAUCAACUGGACCAAAGAUAUCGUCACGCCUUUCAACACUGAUAGCGGGAAGAAGACUCAUUGGGCAGUUUCCGAGGGCAGUGAAGUUCCUCUCCUCCGUGGCGUUGCUAGUCGCAUCAGAUUGGAUGCCAUCGAACUCCUCAAAAGAGUCAGAUUCGAUCAGUCAAAGCCGCAUACGAUAGAUCAGCUAAGAUGCAUCGUCAUUGGGAAGGAGAAGACAGAGGGUUUGACCCGGGAGCCAGAAAAUUAUGUUCUUGUGAUUGUCAGACUACCUGGAGAACAAGGUGGUCGAUAUGAGCGCGUUGGCGUAGGAAGAUUACUGGCUGAACACAUCCUACUGCGAGAGCCGCAGCUCAACGUCGAGGUGCAGUAGUUUUCUACGAAUUCUUUUCGUAGAAUCUCUCCUUUUUCAUGGACUUUGUGUCAAAACGAAAUGUUACUUGUUUUUUUUCACAUCACUUUUCAGGGUACCUUAUGUUAUCAAACGAGUAUUUUUUGAUUUUAGUUGAUCAUCAUGUUGUGUGUUGCAUCAAUAUUCGUGUGAAGAGGCGGUCUUGAAAAUAUGAAUCGAGAGACUUGGCCUAGGCAAGACUAGUUCUUGUCGAUGCCGGUGGCCGCCGUUACAUUCGGUGGAAAUUAAAUACCUAAGAUGUUUCAGUCCUUUGAAUUCCCUUCUCUUCGACUUUUGCUGAUUCCAUGCUGGAAUCAUUUGUCCUUUCUGUUAGGCUGUCUAGCCUGUGUUCUUGCUAGUUGCGGGUAUCCAGCUCGCGCAGUCUGCGCUGCUCCUUGUCGCCUUCGCCCGUCUCUUAGAAUCAAAAGCUC